AUGAUAGAGAAAUUCCUUUUCCUCUAUCUUUCCCUCCUUCCCAUGCCCCUACCCUCACAGGCACAAUGGAGUGAAAAUUCCCUUGUCAAUUUUUCCAAAAUAAUUGCUUCGGGAAACCAUCUAAGCAACUGUUGGAUCUGUCACAACUUCAUCACCAGGUCCGCAUCUUACCAAUAUAUUUUGGUAAGAAAUUUUUCUUUAAACCUAACAUUUGGUUCAGGAAUCCCCGAAGGCCAACAUAAAUCUGUUCCGCUCCAGGUUUCGCUUGCUAACUCAGCGCACCAAGUCCCCUGUCUGGAUCUCACUCCACCUUUCAAUCAAAGCUCUAAAACUUCUUUCUAUUUCUACAACUGCUCUUCUCUAAACCAAACCUGUUGUCCAUGCCCUGAAGGACACUGUGACAGGAAGAACACCUCUGAGGAGGGAUUCCCCAGUCCCACCAUCCAUCCCAUGAGCUUUUCCCCAGCAGGCUGCCACCCUAACUUGACUCACUGGUGUCCAGCUAGCCAUAAACAAAUGAACGAUUAUCGAGACAAGUCACCCCAAAACCGCUGUGCAGCUUGGGAAGGAAAACAGCUAAUCACAUGGAGGGUUCUAUAUUCGCUUCCCAAGGCACACAGUGUCCCCACAUGGCCAAAAACUACUGUUCCCCUGGGAGGGCCUCUAUCCCCUACGUGCAAUCAAUCUAUUCCAGCAGCGUGGAAAUCGCAGUUACACAAGUGGUUCGACAGCCACGUCCCCCGGUGGGCCUGUACCCCUCCCGGCUAUGUAUUUUUAUGUGGACCACAAAAAAAUAAACUGCCCUCUGACGGAAGUCCUAAGAGAACCUAUUCAACCCCCCCCGUGGCAAACCUCUAUACUUGCAUCAAUAACAUCCAACAUACGGGGGAAUGUGCUGUGGGACUUUUGGGACCACGGGGGAUAGGUGUGACCAUUUAUAACACCACCCAACCCAGACAGAAAAGAGCUCUGGGUCUAAUACUGGCAGGGAUGGGAGCAGCCGUAGGAAUGCUCGCCCCAUGGGGAGGGUUCACUUAUCAUGAUGUCACCCUCAGAAACCUCUCCAGACAAAUAGAAAACAUAGCCAAGAGUACCAGGGAUAGCAUCUCUAAACUCAAGGCCUCCAUAGAUUCUCUAGCAAACGUAGUCAUGGACAACAGAUUGGCCUUAGAUUACCGCUUAGCAGAGCAGGGCGGAGUCUGUGCAGUGAUCAAUAAAUCCUGUUGCGUUUAUGUCAAUAACAGUGGGGCGAUAGAGGAGGAUAUAAAAAAGAUCUAUGAUGAGGCUACGUGGCUCCAUGACUUUGGAAAAGAUGAUUCAGCAGGGUCCAUUUGGGAGGCUGUGAAGUCUGCCCUCCCCUCCCUCACAUGGUUUGUCCCUUUACUGGGACCAGCUGCACUUAUAGCCUUUUUUCUCCUCUUUGGCGCUUGUCUCUAUAAUUCACUGAUUAAAUAUGUCUCUUCCAGGAUACGGCAAUUUCACACAGAGCCCCUAAAAAUGGAAAGAGAUCAUCCGAUCUUCCUUGGAGGCCCCAGUACCUACAAGUACAUCUCUCCCUUGGAUGCCAGUGGGCAAAGAUUCUGCAACUAG